AUGCUAGGCCAGGACGGCGGCCUCUCGCUGACUAUCGCCCAGCUGGUGCAGAGGCUGAAGGCGUCGGGGCUCCACUCCCAGCUGGAGCGACAGGCCCGGCUCAGUCUACACAGACCAGAUAUUAAGUUAGAAUCCCUGAAGGAAGAUAUUAAGGGAUUUCUGAAGGCAUCAGGAUGGGAAAAGAAGCUGCAGAAUGCUGUUUAUAGUGAACUCAGUGUGUUCCCUUCACCAUGUCAUCCAUCAGCACCUCCUGAACAUAUAAAGGAAUCUUUGGCUUAUAUGAGGAAAGCUCAGGGAAACUGGGAAAAACGCAUUCUGAAGAGUCUAAAUAGUAUGUGCACAGAACUUGGCAUUCCAUUAGCACAGAAGAGAUCAGUAAAUGAGCAGAAGGAACUUCUAAAUAAAUGGAAUGAAAUGGGCACAGAUGAACCAGACCUAAGCCUCUUCAGACCUGUUUAUGCACCUAAAGAUUUUCUUGAGGUAUUGAUGAAUCUUCGCAAUCCAAAUUAUGAAAACAGUGAGCAACCUAGUUUCAGAAACCACUUGGGGUUAAUUCAAGUUCCACUGAAAGUGAAGGACAUUCCUGAAUUGAAAGAAUAUUUCAGUGAACUAGACUUGAACACCGGCCAGCUGGAUAUUGAUGAUUCUGCAGAAGUCCCACCAGAACUCUUUGAAAAUGAGCACGUGCGUAUUGGCCAAAAAGUUUUAGCAGAGCAGGAUAGUGCAGCUGCCCAACAAUAUGUCCGACAAGGAUGCCCAACUUCACUGCGAGCAGAGCUGUGGGCUCUGAUUCUGAAUGUUUCUAACCAACCAGAGGAUGUUUUGUACUAUGAACAGCUAAAAUCGAAUGUGAUUCUCCAUGACCUUUUGGUGGACAGCCUGAUUUAUAAAGACGUGAAAUUGACAGCCAGCAAUGAUGACUAUUAUUUUGUAUUUGAAGAUUAUUUAUAUCAGGUUUUGCUGUGUUUUUCGCGAGACACCUCAGUACUGCAGCAUUUUGCAUACAACAGUGCAAUUCCCCCCAAGUCAUACAUUCGAGGGAAACUUGGGAUGGAAGAAUAUGCUGUCUUUUAUCCACCAAACGGAGUAAUCCCUUUCCAUGGUUUUUCGAUGUACGUUGCUCCACUUUGUUUUCUGUAUCAUGAGCCUUCCAAGCUGUAUCAGAUAUUUCGUGAAAUAUAUGUGCGUUACUUCUUCAGGCUUCAUUCCAUCUCUUCUCAUCCUUCUGGUAUUGUAUCAUUGUGUUUGCUGUUUGAGACCCUUCUCCAAACGCAUCUACCACAACUGUUUUAUCAUCUGCGAGAAAUUGGGGCACAACCCCUGCGAAUAUCGUUUAAAUGGAUGGUUCGAGCAUUCUCUGGUUACUUAGCCACAGAUCAGCUCUUGCUUUUGUGGGAUAGGAUUCUAGGAUACAGUUCUCUGGAAGUUCUUGCAGUCCUGGCAGCUGCCGUGUUUGCUUUCCGAGCAGUGAAUCUAAUGGAGGCGACAUCACUGGCUGCAGCUGAAGCUGUCCUUGCUGAUCUUUCAACUCUGAAAGUUAUGCCACUUCUACAGAUUUUUCUGUUUGCCACUGGGACUUGAUCCUCCUCAGAGCUGCUGGACUGCAUUGCUAGACUUUCAUCAGACACUAAUAAUAAACUAUGCAACAUCUUCAUGAAAUCAAACACAACUAUGUUGCCAUGAAUGAUGUUGGGUUUUUUGCUACAUUUCAUCUGCCUUUUUUGCCUGGAAAAACUCCAAAAUACUUCUGUAGAUCAAGUUACGUUGCGGCAUGCUGCUGAAUUUUAGCCAGACUGCAGUACCUGGAUGCAAUGCGAGUCCAAAUGCUAUUGACCUGCCCAAAUGCAUGUCCUACAAAUGCCACAAGAAGGAGGGACUACUGAAUUCUUCAUCUGAACUUUUGCUGCUGUAAAACUAGAAGGGAAGUCUUUUCAUAACUAUCCAGUAAUUCCAUCUGUUGUUUUAAAAGUCCUGCAAUACUUUAAGAAAUAAUAACUAAUGUUUAAAAAUCAAAUUACACUUCCUGGGCAAUAUACCCAUGGCAAUACUUUUUUCUUUUAAUCUUUCUUAAUCAUCUUUGCCAAGGGGAGGGGGUAUUCGGAUUUUAUUUGUUCUUGAUUGGAGAAAAAAAAGCAUUUUCUUUUUGAAACAAAUUGAAAGUGUUGCAACCGAGGCAUCUUUUCUUGCGUGCUGCAUGGCUUUUCCCCCUUCCGUCCGCCUGUUUCCUCUGGUCCAACAGGUUUUGUAAGUUUUUGAAGAUCUGCCAAAAAGGAAAGAAAAAAAAUUGCAAAACCCAUUUACCUCCAAUACCAAUAGAAGGCUAGCAGGCAAGGAAGCAGCCCUCAUGUCCCCUUCAAGUCUCUGCAAGCGACAGAUCUGUCCCCACUCUCCACUUCCUUCCUGGCUUUCCAGUCUCAGUGCAUUGAAAAGCGUUAUGUUCUCAGCAAAUUUGCCUGGGCAAGCAGCUUUCUUCAGAACCUGUUUCUGUGCAGAAGCCAAAGCAGUUGCUUGUGAAUGACAUCAGGAGCCCUCUCUCUCUACCCUGACUCUGACCUCCUCUUUAGCAGAUGAAUGUGCUGCCUCUGCCCGUUUCCUAGCCCCUGCUGGUCUAGGAACUUGUGUAUCAACUCCCAGAGCCAAGCUCCUAUUCCUGCCUGACUCAAGUUGUGCUGCUCCUAGACAGAUGAUCUUGUUAUUGAUGAGUUAUUUUUUUCUCCAGGGAUUCCAGUAAAGCCUCCCUAAAAGCCCAAUUAAUUACCCAAUUAUUCUAAUUUAGCAUACGUACAGCUGUCAGCCAAGAUUGGAUGUCAAGGCAUUCAUUGGUAUAAAGCUGUCUCAUUGCUGUGUUACUUUUGGCCAAUCUGUGCCCUCAGGUCUGUUUUGUAUUUGCAGUGCCCAACAGCUUUCAGCCACAAUUUGACUCAUCCUCCCCCCUCCAUCAAAAGACAACUUGUAUGACUGUCUCUCAAUUUGUUACCUUUCUCAAACAGUAUUAACAACUUGACAGCCAGUGAGUGGCUAAUCAUCUGAUCUGUAAAAUACUUCAUCAGCUUACAUCCUAAUUCAUCAGGGGUCGUGCUCAAAGGUUGUAUCAAGGAGUCAGUUGUCCACCUGAUGCACACUGGACAUGCUCAUUUUUCUAAUUCUGAGUUGAAAAGUAACUUCGGGUCCAGAUUUUAGGAGUUAACUCUUGUGCAUGUAAAAUGGUGGCAACUUAAGAAAUCUAAAUAUUUAUCCAUUUUCUGAAAGGUUAAGUUGGAUAAUUUAAAAUGUUUUAUUUCUUGUAUCGAAAAUCGUCAAUCUUUCAUUAUGAAAUUGUAUUGACACUGGAGCUUAAUUUCUGUUACC